UUGCACUCAAAUACAGUUGAUGUCACCGAACUGGAACGGCUACGACGUGAGGCUGUUCCUUCAUCGGGUGAAAAUGCUGCGGCUGAGGAUGCGGCGCCACAACUUGCUGAGCAAACGGCAAAUGUAGAUGCCGCCGUGAAUAACCCAGUUGUGGUAGAUUCAAACGAUGAUGGAACAGUCGCCCAGGAACUGGAACUAGAGCAAAUGAGGAGUACAGUAGAAGAUGCGAUUAUGGAAAUGCGCAGUACGCCUCUCGAGAAUCGACCGCGACUUCCCCGCAUAGCCCUAAGCAAGCGGGAUCGGGCUAUCGUGAGGGCUCUGAACCCAAUGCUGGUUACCUAUUUGGAAGCCAGCCGGGACCUUUGCGAGACGGACUCAAUUCUUUUUGGCGCCACACUGGCAGUCUGCCGUAUUAUAGGCACCAAAUUUCCACAGCUGGACGCGCUACCGGACAAAGUAGUGCUAUCCCAGCCUGGAGAAUAA